GCGGCGAGCGGCGGCCGCUCUCCCGGCAGAGCUCCUCAUUUGCGAGGGAAGGCAGGCACUGCACAUGCCCGCGGUGCUGCUGCCGCUGGGGGCAGCUUUACAUAAGGCUGCGCCCGGCGCCAGCCCGACACAGCCGGCCGGAGCUCUCGGCAUGCGAGCGCGGCAGCGCCGGGGCCGCGUCCCGGGCCGGGCUCUCCAUACCUGCUCCUGCCGGGCUCUCUGCACCUCUCCGGAUCCCAGCAUCUGCUCCUGCCCGGCUCUCCGAGCCUGUCCGGAUCCCAGCACCUGCUCCUGCCCGGCUCUCCGCACCUGCUCCUGCCGGAUUCUCCGCACCCGUCCGGAUCCCCGCACCUGCGGGGCUCUCCUCAUCUUCCCGGAUCCCCGCACCUGUCCGGAUUCCCGCACCUGCUCCUGCCCGGAUCCCCGCACCUGUCCGGAUCCCCGCACCUGCAGAGCUUCCCGCACCUGCUCCUGCCGGGCUCCCCGCACCUGCCCGGCUCCCAGCUCCUGCCGGCAGCGAGCCGCGGGCCCGUGGGGCACGGCGCUGGCAGCUCCCGGGGCUGAGCUGCGGGCAGCACCCACCGACAUGCUCUGCUACGAGGCAACGUUUUAAAAGCCAGGUUCCUAACUAGAAAGAUGCAAAAGCGUGAUAUCCAUGAAGAUCCCAUUACCUAGGAAGAAUUUGACAUUUUGCUGUGAAUGCUGUGUUGGGAUUGAUUUAUUCUUGGAGUGUUCUGCACGGCUGGCAAAGAAUAAUGUUCCAAAAUCGGUCCAUCUCCCAAGGGGUCCAAUUUUUCUUCCUGGGUGUCAGCGAGCCCUGACUCACUACAGUGCAGCUGACAGGGGCUGCCAUGCUUGUGGCAUACUAAGCAAAAAACAAAAGACCUAAGGACGACCUUUGAACAACACAAAGGAUGGGUUUCAAUGUAAUUAGGCUACUGAGCGGAUCAGCUGUAGCUCUGGUAAUAGCCCCUACUGUAUUACUGACAAUGCUUUCUUCUGCUGAACGAGGAUGCCCUAAGGGCUGUAGGUGUGAAGGCAAAAUGGUAUAUUGUGAAUCUCAGAAAUUGCAGGAGAUUCCCUCAAGUAUAUCUGCUGGUUGUUUAGGUUUGUCCCUUCGAUAUAACAGCCUCCAAAAACUAAAAUACAAUCAAUUUAAAGGUCUUAAUCAACUCACCUGGCUCUAUUUAGACCAUAACCACAUCAGCAAUAUUGACGAAAAUGCUUUCAGUGGAAUACGCAGACUAAAAGAGUUGAUCUUGAGUUCCAACAGAAUCUCCUAUUUUCUUAAUAAUACCUUCAGACCUGUGACAAACCUCCGGAAUUUGGAUCUGUCAUACAAUCAGCUGCAGUCUCUGGGAUCUGAACAGUUCAGGGGCUUAAGGAAGCUGCUGAGUUUACACUUGCGGUCCAAUUCCCUGAGAACCAUCCCUGUUCGAAUAUUCCAAGACUGUAGGAACCUUGAACUGUUGGACCUGGGUUACAAUCGCAUCCGAAGUUUAGCCAGGAAUGUCUUUGCAGGUAUGAUCAGACUGAAAGAGCUUCAUCUGGAGCACAAUCAAUUUUCUAAGCUCAACCUGGCACUUUUUCCAAGGCUAGUCAGCCUUCAGAACCUUUAUUUACAGUGGAAUAAAAUCAGUGUGAUAGGACAAACUAUGUCCUGGACCUGGAGCUCAUUACAAAGACUUGAUUUAUCUGGCAAUGAAAUAGAAGCUUUCAGUGGACCCAGUGUUUUUCAGUGUGUGCCCAAUUUACAGCGCCUCAACCUGGAUUCAAACAAGCUCACAUUUAUCGGUCAAGAGAUUUUGGAUUCUUGGAUAUCCCUCAAUGACAUCAGCCUUGCCGGGAAUAUAUGGGAAUGCAGCAGAAACAUUUGCUCUCUGGUAAACUGGCUUAAAAGUUUCAAAGGGCUGAGGGAAAAUACAAUUAUUUGUGCCAGCCCCAAAGAGCUGCAAGGGGUGAACGUUGUCGAUGCAGUGAAAAACUACAGCAUCUGUGGCAAGAGUACCACGGAAAGGUUUGAACUAGCACGAGCUCUCCCAAAGCCAACGUUUAAACCAAAACUCACCAGGCCCAAACACGACAGCAAGCCCCCUCUGCCCCCCACUGUGGGAGGCACGGAGCCCAGCUCCGAGCCCGAGCACGACACAGAGCACAUCUCCUUCCACAAAAUCAUAGCAGGCAGCGUGGCUCUGUUCCUGUCGGUGCUGGUGAUCCUGCUGGUGAUCUAUGUGUCGUGGAAGCGCUACCCUGCCAGCAUGAAGCAGCUGCAGCAGCGCUCUCUCAUGCGAAGGCACAGGAAAAAGAAAAGACAGUCGCUGAAGCAAAUGACUCCAAGCACACAGGAAUUUUAUGUAGAUUACAAACCCACCAACACUGAGACCAGUGAGAUGCUGCUGAAUGGAACGGGACCCUGCACGUAUAACAAAUCAGGCUCCAGGGAAUGCGAGAUCCCGCUGUCCAUGAACGUGUCCACGUUCCUGGCCUACGAGCAGCCGGCGCUGAGCUACUGCGGGGUGCACCACGAGCUGCUGGCGCACAAGCCCUACGAGCCCGGGCAGGAGGAGGCGGGCACGGCGCAGCUGGAGGCCGAGCUGGAGCUGAGCACCAUCACCACGGCAGCGCGGAGCCAGCCGCUGCCCUAGGGCUCUGCCAGGCUCUGCCCUAGUGCUCUGUCAGGCUCUCCCCUGGGGCACUGCCGGGCUGCGCUGGGACACGGGGCUGUGCACGCUGCCAUCCCUGCGCCAAUUAAAGCGAAUCACAAAGAUUCAUCGUUUCCAGUCUACAGUUUGUAAUUAGUUGGGUUGUGCAGUAUUUUUUUGACUUCAGAGUAUGAGCCUUGAAGUGAAUCUUUUUCAAAACUCAUCCUACCUACCUGUAUAAACUGUACAGAUGUAAUGUAUUUUUCAUAUUGUAAAGUUUCAAUUACUGAGAACGACUGGUAUGUACAGUACCAUAAUUUAAUUACAUCUUACAAGCUUCAGUUUCUAAAGCUUCAAAUUAACAAAAGUUAUUUCUUGUGUUAUUAAGUUACUCUGUUUUGUAGGGACCAUUUUGUUACUGCUUUUGUGCCCAGACAACUUUAAUCUAAAAUUCUGUCCUUUGCAGAAUAUGCACCAUUUUUACUGUGUUUAAUGUGUAGAAUUUUAUCUACUGUUUCCAGAGGGAGGGUUUAACUAUUCAGACUUCUAAGAAAUGAUUGAAAUAUACAGCCAAGUUUUCCUAGAAAUGAAAAUUUAAAAAAAAUAAUUAAUUCUUGUUGCCUUGAAAUACAGCCUGAUUUUUAACAACAAAGCUUGGUUAUGCAACUGUUAAUCAAGGCUGAUGAUAUUUUAUUAAGUCUCACUGUUCUGCAAGGCAAUACAGGGCAGGAGACUUCAACAGGCAGCUACAAAAUCUGCUGUGAGAGUCUGCCAAAUCAGGCAUUUUUAUUUCUGCUUAAAGACAAAGGGGUCCAAAACCUACUUCUGUCACAGGCAGCUGCUGAUAGAAGUGGCAACAGAAAAAAGUCCUUAUAAGACUCCUAGAAUGUAAAAUGUUACUCAAAAGAAACAUCCCCUUGCUAAAAUAUGUAGUAAUUUGGAACAAAUGGUAAAAGUUUACAGUCCUUUAACAUUAUAAAGCAAACAAAGAAAAAAACCCAAAACCUUUAAAGAAAAGGGAAAAUAAUGUAGUAUUAAGUCCUUAACAUUGCUUAUUUGUCUAUCAUUUAAUGAAGCAUUCUUAUAUCCCAUUCUUUGGUUUUAAAUCUUCAAGAUUUCUCAAUACUGUAUGAGAGUAACUUUUUAUACCACUACCCACUACCCUGUAAUCAUAACAGAUUACAGAAAUUAGGAAGACAUUAUAUCAUGCUGACUCUAUGAAAAACAAAAUGGGAACACGAGCCUUCCAAAAUAUAGGAAAAAACAAGUUUCAUAUGGUGAAACAACUUUUUUAUAAUAAAGAGAAAUUAUAUAACCACAAAUCUAUUUUUCUGGAUCUUUAUCCCACCAUAUUUUCAUGUAGUUUCAAAGCAAAAGAUUGAAUUUUAAAAUUACAGGGCAACUGUACAAAACAAGGUAAAUAGAAUGAAAACUAACUUCAAAAAUUGGCAAUCAGGCAGCAUUCAGUACCUGUUAAGUGGAAACAAAGUGUCUAAAAGACAAUACUUUGUACUGUUUAUUUAUUAGCAUUUAGAUUUUGUAACAUAUUUUGCAUAAAUUAUUUUCUCUUUGAAACAUUAAUUGUCUUUUUAAGACACUUCUUAAACCUG